AUGGACUCGGAAGAGUUUCAACCGGUCUUGCAGUGGCUGCGACGCCAGGCAGUGCGUGAGAGUGUAGCCAAGAUCGCCCCUCCUGGAAGUCACUUCUGGCACCAUCUGGACCGCUUGAUUUGGGGCUUCUUGCGAUUUGCGAUUUGCGUGCCGCGUGACUGUCCGACAAUUGCAGAAGCUCUGGAGAGGCUCUCACCAUGGCCUGUAGCAACCAUCCUCGUCUCUGCUGGAACUUAUCACGAAAGUGUCGUGAUUGACAAGCCAGUGGAGCUGGUCGGCAGAGCACAGGUGACAUUGAAAGGCAUAUCUUCACAACCUGUAGCGGCCGUGCGGGGUGUUGGAGCCUCGCUGUACAACUUGUCCUUGGAGGGCGGAGUCGAGGUGGAAGGUGCGGAAGGUGCGGAAGGUGGAAGGUUGCUGCUGAAGGAUUGCGCACUCUCCUUGCAAGGGGUCACUGCCAAGGGCAGCGCGCGGGCCACUCUGCAGGAUUGUGCCGUGACUUGCUGCCAGCGCACGGCGUGCAUCCUGCGAGACGAGGCCGUUGUGAAGCUCAACCGCUGCAGCUUCGAAAGCAACCUCGGCGUUUGUAUUUCUGCGCGGGAGAGGGCAUCCGUCACAACGUGCGAAUGCACACUGCAGAGGAAUGCCGCGCCUGUGAUGCAGUUCCGGGACGAUGCCACGGCGGAAGUGAGAAGCAGCUGCCUUCGAUCCAACAAAGGUUGCGGUGUUCUGAUUCGUGGCAAGGCCAAGGCUUCAAUCGAAUCCUGCGAGCUGAGAGGACACAAGAUGGCCGCCGUUAGUUUUCAGCACAGCGCCAGCGGCACCCUCCGGGGCAACGUGAUGCAAGAAAAUGAUGGCGCCGUGGUCCUCCUCAGUGGCGAGGCCUCCGUUCUUGUGGAGAACAACACCCUGACGAACAACGGCAAGAGUGCGCCUGUCAUUGAGUUUCGGUCUGCGUCAGGCACAGUACGAGCAAAAGUGGCGGGCAAGCGCGAAGACUCGCAGAAUCAGCUUACACACAAGUUGGCAUACAUCUCCGGGCAGACUGGGGAGGAGUGGGUGGAUGUUGAUGAGCAGGGUAAGAUCUUGCGCAACAAAACCGGCGAAACCAACAUACCAUACACUUUGCAGCAACCCAUGCGCGCGGGACAUGCCGACGAUGGAGAGGGUGGGACCCUGAAUGGCGCAAGUCUUGCAAGGGGCACCAGGAGAUGUGUAAUUGCUGUCCGGGACACAGCGCAAGCCACAAUCCGAGACAAUCAGAUUGAGAAGAAUGAUGGCUACGGAAUUCUGAUCAGCGAGCAAGCCUUCCCCAUUGUUGAGCGAAACCGCCUGUCUGCGUGCCGUUGCGCUGCGAUUCACAUGGAUGGCUCGUCAUCUGCAAAGAUCGUCGAGAACAGCUUUUACGACAAUCAUGCUGCAGGAAUUGACGUUCGGGGCGAAGCAUCCCCAACAAUAGAGGACAACACGUUUCGAGGCCACAAGCUACCGGCGAUCAAGGCAGCCGAGAAGUCAGCGUGCGUCAUUCGAGGCAAUCGCCUAUCGGAGAACCCUGGCCAUGCCCUGGUGGUCAGCGACUCCGCGCGCCCUCAUGUGGAGCGGAAUUUCAUGGAGGCAGGCAGAACGCCAGCUAUGCUGAUCCAGUCGCCACAUGGCAGCUACUUGGCCAACGAGGAGGUCGAAAGGUCCAGCGCCGGCCAGAGCCGCAGCAAACGACGCUGGGAGCCAGACACAGAAUCCACCGAUCCCGCGCAGCAUGACAAAAAAGUUGCCAAAGCCUAUAUUCUCCUAUUAAGCAUAUAUUUUUUUAUACUGAUAGAUGGUCAGCUUGUGAUACCCAAUGUAUUGCUCGAUGGUUGUAUUAACAUAUUGCUAUACUAUCACAUUGUUAUAUGA